AUGACUGAGGAGAGAGGAAGAGGGUGUGGGCAUCAGCUCCGCUCUCUGGACAGUACGGGACAAGGGCAAGAGUCCUGCUGGAGAUCCCUGAGGCAAUGGAUCCAUCUCAAAUGGUUACUGGUGUUUUCCCUUUUGUUGGUUUGUGGUCUUCUCUUGCAAGUCUUCAGAAAUCUCCAGGAAUCCCAGGAAUACCUACCGAAGUCAAACUUUCCACCUCCCUUUGCCUUGAAGUUAUUGUCUCAGGAGGAACUCAGGAAACUCUUUAACUAUGAUGGACUCUGGUUGUUCCCCCAAAGUCAGUGUGAAUGUGAAAAGCAAUCAGGGAACUACAUCUUUCGGGAGUCCUACAACAAGAGUGAACUUGAGGCAGUGAAAAUCAGGAGAAAGGCAGAAUUUGAACAUUUCCGAAGGAGAGAAGGACUGCCCCACCCUCCACCUAUGCUGGCCCAGCCAAAUAUCCCUUUUGGGUACCCUAUCCACGGGGUGGAGGUGAUGCCCCUUCACACAAUUCUGAUCCCAGGCCUGAAGUUUGAUGGAACGGAAGCACCAUUGUACAAGGUCACCCUGAAGGCCUUAUUAGGAACCCUGAACACUCUUGCUGAUACUCCAGACAGUGAGGUGCUGGGUAGAGGACAGAAGCAGCUGACCAUAUUGACCCCUUCCCAAAAUCGCCUGAAUUUCAUCCUACAGCAUGUGACAUACACCAGCACUGUCUACCAGUCAGGAGCUGUGGACAUUGUGAGUAUUGAAUUUGGGAGCUCAGUGGCUAAGUUUCCUGUGAAUAUCAACCAGCCCACUAUCCCCAAGUUGUUUGACCCUGGGCCAGAGAGGGAGCUCAGGAACCUGGUGACCAUUGCUACUAAGACUUUCCUUCGUCCCCACAAACUCCAGAUUUUACUUAAGAGUAUUCGGAAGUAUUACCCAGAUGUGACUGUGAUUGUGGCUGAUGACAGUGAAAAGCCAGAGAAGAUUGAUGAUAUUUAUGUGGAGCAUUACAUCAUGCCCUUUGGAAAGGGUUGGUUUGCUGGCAGAAAUUUGGCUGUGUCUCAGGUCAGCACAAAGUAUGUGCUGUGGGUGGAUGAUGACUUUCUUUUCACAAAAACAACCAAGAUUGAGGCACUGGUAGAUGUCCUAGAGAAAACAGAGCUGGAUGUGGUUGGUGGCAGUGUGUCCGGGAAUGUAUUCCAGUUUAAGCUAUUGAUGGAACAAGGUGAGGAUGGGGACUGCAUACACAAGAGGUCAGGCUACUUCCAUGCCCUGGAAGGCUUCCCCAGCUGUGUGGUGACCAGUGGUGUUGUCAAUUUCUUCUUGGCUCACACUGAGAGCCUCCAAAGAGUUGGAUUUGAUCCCCGACUACAGAGGGUGGCACACACAGAGUUUUUCAUCGAUGGGCUAGGGAGUCUUCAUGUUGGAUCAUGCUCAAAUGUGGUUGUGAAUCACCAGCCCCGCACCCAAUCUUCUGACUCAGAUCAAGCUACCCUGGAAAAAGCCUACAGUCGGUUCCGAACUAACACUCAGGAACAGGUCAAGUUCAAGUUGUCCCUCCAUUACUUCAAGAAUCAUCUCCAGUGUUACACUCAGAAAUGA